AGCAGAUCUGCGUGACAUCCUGUUGUAAAGAUGGACUUUAUUAAAGAAGAGAGUGAAGACAUGACUGAUCAAAAACCAUGCAGAAUAAAAAGUGAAGAGACAGAGGAACAAAUAGCGAGAUCCUCCAAGUCAGCAAGAAUCUUUGUCAACAUCACCGACAUGUUGGACAACUGACGCUGGAUCACCUCUCCUGCCACGCCAUCCAAAUCGAGUCCCCGGUCUGUAGGCCUGUCGGGGCUUUCAUCCUUAACACACUUGAGGGUGAAAGAGGAAAGUCAAGAACUGAACGAAGAGCAGAUGCACCAUUACUGCCAGAAUCCUUCUGGAGAAAAAUCUUUCAGUUUCUUGGAGAGUAACAAGAAUGUUAAGCAAGAAAGAACUGAACAAAAAAAAGCCAUAAAUUCCUUCACCUGCUCUCAGGGUGAAAAUGGUUUUACAGAGAACAAAAUCUCCCAUGAAAGUCACACUGGAGAAAAGCUGCACACAUGUCAUCAGUGUGGGAAGAGUUUUAAAUCUCAUGGAAAACUUACUAUGCAUGUGCGAAUUCACACUGGAGAGAAACCUUUUGCAUGCCAUCAGUGUGGAAUGAGCUUCAUACAAAAAGUAAACCGGGAUAUUCACAUGCGAGUUCACACUGGAGAAAAGCCUCACACAUGUCGUCAGUGUGGAAAGGGGUUCACAUUUCAAGGAAACCUUAGUAUGCACAUGCGAAUUCACACUGGAGAGAAACCUUAUACGUGUCAUCAGUGUGGAAUGAGUUUUACACAGAAAGUAAACCGUGAUAUUCACAUGCGAGUUCAUACUGGAGAGAAGCCUUUCACAUGCCCUCAGUGUGGGAAGGGUUUCUCGCGUAAAGGAACAGUUAAUUCGCACAUGCGAAUUCAUACUGGAGAAAAACCUUUCACGUGCCAUCAGUGUGGAAAGGGUUUCAUAGAGGCAAGAAGUCUCAAAACUCAUCGGUGCUCUGCAGUAGAAUCGGUCCGAAAAACACAACUGAACAUUCAUGCAGAUGAGAAGAGUUAUUUGUGUUCUCUUUGUGGAAGAAGUUUUUCAGAUCUGCAAGGUUUUAAAAAGCACCAGACAAUACAUACCAGUAAGAAAGGUCAUGUGUGCUCAGAGUGUGGCGAAGUCUUUACUAGAGCUUGUAAAUUGAAAAUGCACCAAAGAAUUCAUAAGAAGAAAAAAAACAAUCCUAAAUCAUAAUACCGCUAAACUGAUUAAAUUAUCACGGCUCUCUCAGUGUAUUCCAAUCUAUGCUCAAAAGUUCAUUUUAUAUUAAUAAAGCUCCAUUUUUUUAUUUGCUGUAGCAUUUAUCAACUGCAAAUAAAUUUAUCAUCAAAUAUGGAACCAUCAGAUGUUGCUAGUUAUAAAAACUGGCAUUUAACCACCUAUAAAAUGAUUGGGCCUUUUUCAUGAAACAUAAGCAGGACACAUUUUUGUGUAAAUCGUUCACAAAGCCAAUGAUGUAAAUCCUCAUAUCCAUGUAAGUUUUUUUUUUUUUUUUUUUUUUUUCUAAAUGUUAGUUGGUAGGAACAACAUUUAUACCUGUUCCUGACCAUGUGUACAUUUUGUAAAAUACAUCUGAAUGUUUUGUGUUCUUUUAGGCAAGCUGUAGUGACUGUUUUGAUAGGAGUGAAAUGAAAUGAAAAAUUAACUAAUAAUAACCAUAAUUACUGACACAAAUUAGUAAAAAAAAGAAAAAAUUAACAGUUGUUAAGCCCACGUUUUUGAUUGCUUGCAUUUAUUUUUUUUAAAAUGACAAAAUUACGGCUCAAUUACAAUGUGAUGUCCCUCAAAAUCAAUUGAUUUUAGAACCCUUGUUAUUUUCACUGUAUAUGCUUCCUCUGAGCUCUAUUUUUCAGAAGUACAGCAUAUCUCAUCACUGUUAUGCUGACGAUUCCCAAUUUUAUUUCCCAGUGAGUGUAGACAAGAAUUGUUCAUCUGAGAACGCCCAGAAUUGCUUCAAAGAUAUUAAACAUUGGCUGGCAAACUAUUUCUUACAAUUAAAUGAAAGCAAAACCAAAGUUCUGAUUUUAGGUUCCUCCAUGUCCUCCUUACCUGGCCUGGUUGCCCAGUUAGGUCCUCUGUCGUCGAAUGUACAAGAUCUUGUGAGGAGUCUUAGAGUGAUUUUAGACUCCUCGUUACUUUUCAAUAAGCAGAUCAGUGCUGUUGUCAAGGGUAGCUUUUUCCACCUGAGAUCUAUCGCUAAAAUAAAACAUUUUCUUUCCCAUAAAGACUUGGAAAUUGUAAUCCACUCACUUAUUACAUCAAGGUUAGACUAUUGCUACUCAUUGUACAUUGGUCUGCCCCAAACUGCGUUAUCCCGCCUACAGCUAGUUCAAAACAAGGCAGCUAGGCUUUUAACAGGGUCAGGAAAAAGAGAUCAAAUUUCCCCGGUUUUAGCAUCGCUACACUGGCUUCCAGUGAAAUUCGGGGUCAAUUUUAAAAUUCAGAUUUAUGUCUACAAGGCACUAUCUGGUCUCACACCCCAAUAUAUCAGUGACCUUCUACACCCUUACUCCCCCACUAGAGCGCUCAGGGCUUCUGAUCAACUUUUAUUAAUCUAAGGGUAAUCGUGCCUUUUCUGUAAUAGGUCCUAAUCUCUGGAACAGUCUCCCUUUCCAUGUGAGGUCAGCUUCAUCAUUAGCCAUUUUUAAAUCCUCUUUAAAAACAUAUUUUUAUUCUGUAGCUUUUGAAUAGAUCAUUGAAUAGUUUGAAAUGGAUAAAUACAUGAUGUUGUAUUUUAAGUGUUUUAAUUUAUUUUAUUAUGUUUUAUAUUUAACUUUAAAUCAAUCUGUUUUUAAAUCACUGUCAUUUUUGUAAUUUAUUUUUUGAUCUGUAAAGCACUUUGGGUCAAUUUCUGUUGUUUUUAAAUGUGCUCUAUAAAU